CCCCCACGAACAACGAUUUCAUUAAAAAACUGAAUACGUCAACAAGUAUUUGUUAUCUAAUUUCGAAAGCCUUCAGGGUCGCUUAUGAAAUAUGCGAUUCAUACGAUCAAUAUGCAAAGUAGUUUCACUCUAUACUGAGUAGCGAGCAGUUUUAACCCCACAGUCACUCAGGCGUAGGUUCAAAAUGUGAAAUGAUUAAAACAGUAAUGGAGUGCCAGAGAUUUUCGCAGACUGGAUUUUAAAUAAUUUAUUUCACGGAUUUGCAUAUAAUAACGAGGGAUUAAAGCACUAUUGAAACAUAUUUCUGAUCGUAUUAUUGUGGAUUACACGUGCGUCAUACUAUACUGUAUAUCCCCUCUCCCACGAUAACCCUACGAUCUUGAGCAUUCACUGUGCACAUCUCAGUGAUUGAUAAACUCUCGCGUUGCUGACACUCUCUCGCGAGGCCCGUGGUACUUCCACGCAUCUGUCGAUGAAUUUUUGAGAUUUUUCCUCGAGAGGAACGCAGCUUAAUUGGAUUAGGAAUUUCUGGGUAAGAGUGGGAAGCUAACGGAGCGAGAAGUCUGGUAGAAUUUGUCUCGGGAACGGGAGCUGUGACAUUUGAGAGUAGAAAGAUCUACUAGUGCUUGUUAUCACAGGGUUUUUAUGCUGUUAUCAGUUGCUAUUGCAGUUCGAGAGCUGAUUCUAAAAUUCAAUUGUUUUUGCGAGGAGGGAGAGUCAGGCACUUUUCACAUUCUUUUAGACGUCAGUAGAAAAUAAUAAUUAAUCCAUCAACUAAAUUAAUUUAUGGUUUUUUCCUUGAAAGGAGAGAAAAUUCCAUAAUUCCUCCAAACAUGGGUAAACCCGAGGACGAAAAAGAAAAGCUGGACCCAAUUCCCGGUCCAAUAACCCCCCCAGAAUCCUCAUCGCCUCUGAAACCCCGUGAAUCGUCCACACUAGUCUUCUACGUAAACGGAAAAGAGAUAAUCGACUCGGCGAUAAACCCCGAAUGGACCCUAUUGUACUACCUCCGAACGCGGUUACGACUGACUGGAACAAAGCUCGGUUGUGCCGAGGGCGGUUGUGGUGCGUGCACCGUAAUGCUCUCGAAAUACGACCGGAAAAGGGCCAAGAUAAUCCACCUAGCAGUGAACGCCUGUCUCGCCCCGGUCUGCAGCGUCCACGGUCUGUCAGUUACGACGGUGGAGGGUAUAGGAACGACCAGAAAAAAGCUCCACCCGAUCCAAGAGCGUUUGGCAAAGGCCCAUGGCUCACAGUGCGGCUUCUGCACGCCCGGCAUCAUAAUGUCGAUGUACGCCCUCCUCAGGACGACCCCGAAGCCCUCCAUGCACGACCUGGAGGUCGCUUUCCAGGGUAACCUGUGCAGAUGUACGGGCUAUCGGCCGAUAAUCGAGGGCCUCCGGACCUUCACCGAAGAGUGGGAGCGAUCACAGAUAACGAAGACCCUGGACUCGGGUCAGACAGUCGCCUGCGCAAUGGGUGACGCCUGCUGCAGGCGUCAAUUCACGUCCGAGCCCACGGAAGUUUUCAACUCCAAGGAAUUCACGCCCUACGAUCCCUCCCAGGAGAUCAUCUUCCCACCGAGACUCAAAAUUCGAGACGACCUUGAUCAUGAGUUCCUGGUGAUCAAGGGUAAAGACGUUACGUGGUACCGGCCAACGAACCUCGAAACCCUCUUAACCCUUAAGCAUCAUCAUCCCGAGGCGAAGAUCAUCGUUGGGAACACUGAGGUGGGGGUUGAAACCAAGUUCAAGCACCUCGUAUACCCAAUUCUCAUUCAGCCGACCCAGAUACCGGAGCUCAGGGAGAUCACUUCAGCUCCGGGGUGGGUAAAAAUUGGCGCUAGUGUCACUCUCAUGGAAAUGGAAGAAACUCUGCGCGAGAUCAUACGGACGAGUCCAGAAUACAAAACGAGGAUCUUCUCCGAGAUCAUCAAUAUGGCUCAUUGGUUCGCGGGGAAGCAGAUAAGAAAUGUUGGUGCCGUUGGUGGGAAUAUAAUGACCGGAAGUCCGAUUUCCGAUAUGGUACCGGUUCUGAUGGCGGCCCGAGCGAGACUCAAUCUCUGCAGCUUGAAAAAUGGCCACCGACAGGUCCCCCUGGAUCACACGUUCUUCACGGGUUACCGCAGAAACGUCGUCGGGCCCGAGGAAGUCCUCGUUUCCAUCGAAAUCCCACUCACAAGCCGAUUCCAGUACUUUAUCGCUUACAAGCAAGCGAAGCGGAGGGACGACGACAUCGCCAUCGUCAACAUGGCACUUAAUGUUCUCUUCAAGGAUGGAACGGAUGAGAUUACGGAGGUGCAUAUAGCAUACGGGGGUGUCGCCCCGACGACCAAGUUGGCGGUGAAGACGUGUGAGAAGCUCGUAGGAAAAUCCUGGAAUUCAGAGAUGGUCGAGCUGGCCUACGCGUCUCUGAUCGAAGAAUUUCCAUUACCGGAUUCUGUUCCUGGGGGACAGGUGCUGUACCGCAGGUCCCUGACCCUCAGUCUGUUCUUCAAAGGCUUCAUUCACGUUCUCAAUCGCCUGCAGAUGGACAUUCCUGAUCUUCCGCCGCUACCGGAGCGAAUGUCCUCCGCGGCAGACACCUUCGAAUACAAGGCACCGAAGAGCUCUCAAUACUACCAAGUCGUCCGGAAUGAUCAGGAUCCGAAAGACUUGAUCGGCAGGCCCAUCGUCCAUGCGAGUGCCUUCAAGCAAGCCACUGGUGAGGCGAUCUACUGCGACGACAUUCCCCAGUUCCAGGAGGAGCUGUACAUGGCUUUGGUGAUGUCCACAAGAGCUUACGCAAAACUCCGGAAAGUGGACGCGUCACAAGCCCUAGGAGUUGAGGGAGUCGUCAGGUUCUACUCAGCGAAAGAUAUUUCCGAUCACAACAACUGGGUCGGACCAGUAAUCCACGAUGAGCAGAUAUUUGUGAGCACCACAGUGACGUGUCAGGGUCAGAUCAUCGGGGCAAUUAUCGCAUGUGACCAAGCGACAGCUCAGAAAGCAGCUAGACUGGUGAAAAUUGAAUAUGAGGACUUGGAGCCGGUGAUCGUGAGCAUCGAGGACGCGAUAAAAGUAAAGUCAUUCAUCCAGGGAACUCCCAAGAGCAUCAUAGACGGGGACAUUGACGAGGCUUUCGCAGGGGCUGACCACGUGCUCGAGGGCGAGGUCAGGAUGGGCGGACAGGAGCACUUCUACCUCGAAACCCACGCAGUCCUAGCUGUCCCGAAGGAGACUGACGAGAUCGAGCUGUAUUGCUCUACCCAGCAUCCCUCCGAGAUUCAAAAAUUAGUCGCCCACACCCUUGGCAUCUCAAUAAAUCGCGUGAACGUUAGGGUCAAACGAAUGGGUGGAGGUUUUGGUGGAAAAGAGUCUCGAGGGAUGCUGGUUGCCCUCCCGGCGGCCCUGGCAGCCUGGGAUCUGCAGCGACCGGUCCGCUGCAUGCUCGAUCGGGACGAAGACAUGAUGAUGACCGGUACACGCCAUCCAUUCAUGCACAGGUACAAAGUCGGUUUCACGAAGGAGGGUAAGAUAAAAGGGGCUAAGAUCGACAUCUUCUGCAACGCGGGUUGUUCGAUGGACCUUUCGGUCUCUGUCCUGGAACGAUCGAUGUUCCAUUGUGAGAACGCUUACAAAUUCCCUGUUACCCAAGUAAUUGGCACCGCCUGCCGGACAAAUCUUCCCUCCAACACGGCAUUCCGCGGAUUUGGCGGGCCCCAGGGAAUGUUCGCUGCAGAGAACAUCAUCUGGGACGUCGCCAACUACUUGGGGAUCGAGCCAGCUGAAGUAUCUGAACUGAAUCUUUACAAGGAAGACGAUUUCACUCACUACCAGCAGAAACUCGUCAGAUGUCCACUGGAUCGAUGCUGGCAGCAAUGCCUCGCACAGUCGAAUUAUCACGUUCGUAAAUCAGAGGUUGAUCAGUUCAACAGAGCGAAUCGGUACAGAAAACGCGGGAUCGCAGUCAUACCAACGAAAUUUGGAAUAGCUUUUACGGCUCUUUUUCUCAAUCAAGGAGGUGCCCUGGUGCAUGUCUACACGGAUGGGUCCGUGCUGAUCAGUCACGGGGGGACAGAGAUGGGUCAGGGGUUGCAUACGAAGAUGAUUCAGGUUGCGAGUAGAAUAUUCAAGGUCGAUCCAAAUAAGAUUCACAUAUCGGAAACGGCGACGGACAAGGUCCCGAACACUUCGGCCACAGCUGCCAGUGCCGGGUCGGACCUGAAUGGAAUGGCUGUCAUGAACGCCUGCAACACCAUCAUGGCGAGACUCAAGCCCAUAAUUGAUGCUCACCCUGAUAAGAAGUGGGAGGAAUGGGUGUCGAUCGCCUACUUCGAGAGGAUUAGCUUGAGCGCAAGUGGAUUCUACCGAACCCCUGAUAUCGGUUAUAACUUUGAUAAGAACGAAGGAAUGGCCUUCAACUAUUUUACGUACGGCGUCGCCUGCAGCGAAGUGGAGAUCGAUUGUCUCACGGGGGAUCAUCAAGCCAUCAGGACGGAUAUCGUGAUGGACCUGGGAGAUAGCCUUAAUCCGGCUAUAGAUAUUGGGCAGGUGGAAGGGGGCUUCGUACAGGGGCUCGGGCUGUUCACCCUAGAAGAAAUGAUUUACUCACCCAGUGGGACGGUUUACAGCCGGGGACCUGGAGCCUACAAAAUCCCCGGCUUCACGGAUAUUCCUCAGGAAUUCAAUGUCUCAUUGCUAAAGGACGCGCCAAAUCCUAGAGCUGUUUUUUCGUCCAAAGCCGUCGGGGAACCCCCACUUUUCUUGGCCUCCUCGGUAUUUUUUGCUAUUAAGAACGCCGUCCAGGCGGCGAGGGAUGAAACUAACGCAGGGAGAACUUUUAGGUUCGAUUCUCCAGCUACUUCUGGAAGAAUUAGGACGGCUUGUGAGGAUAACAUUACAGGAAAGUUUCCCAUACCGGAUGUCACGAAAGCUUGGAACAAAGUCGCCUGAACUAGAUAAAUAUCCACGACUAUAUUUUUUUACAAUUGAACAGAGAUUAUUUACAAAAUAAAUUCAGAUGUAUAAUAUAUUAUAAAGAGCUUUAUAAACCUA